GGGGACAGGGCGCAAGAGCCGCCCUCGGCUCGCUGUGGUCUUCGGUGCCGCCGCGGUCGUGCCGCCGCCGGGCGCUAUGGGGGCUCCGCUGGCCUUGAUGGUGCUGACGGCGCUGGUGGCGCCCGGCCAGAACGCGGCCUCCCUCCAGGAGCGGCUGCCCGCAGUGCCUUCACCAACAGGAACAUCAGUCAAAUCCAAAAAUUUCAGAACUGUCUUAUACUGGCAGUACCCAUCCAUGUCUGAAACUCCUCAUUUCGUUGUAGAAGUCAAACCUUACCUCUCCGGCAAGUAUCAGACUGUCUCAACCUGUGUGAACAUCUCAGCUACUUCUUGCGAUCUAUCAGAGGAAAUAAAUGAAAUUUUUCAUUCUUACUGGUUUCGUAUUAAAGCUAUUGUUGGAUCACAACAGUCUCAGUACGUUGAGACAGAUGAGUUUGUUUUGCAAAAGCAUGGAAAAAUUGGACCACCAAAGCUGAAUCUCUCCAGGCACGGUGCUGAAAUCAUUGUUGAUGUUUACCAUCCUGAAUUUCCAUCUGUGGAGGUUCGGCCUUGGAUGAGAGAGAUUUAUUCAGAACUCUCAUACUCGGUCAUCUUUAGAAACAGCGAAAAUGAGAGCAGAAAAAAUUUCACUGUAGCAGACUGUGAGAUGAAUGAAUGUAACCUGAGCAUCCCAGUUCCUUCUGAAGGUUCUACGUACUGUGUUUCUGCAAAGGGACAUUUUUUUGAUGAUCUGAUAGUUGGUGCCUCGUCAGAAGAAAGUUGCAUUUGGGUUCCUAUCACGCAGGCUUGGAGUACACAAGUUACUAUAGCUGUAUCUUCAAUUGUACUGGUAGUGAGCCUAAUUUUGACAGUAUGUUACGGCUGCAAGAAACUAAGGAAGAAAAACAUAAAGCUGCCUAAAUCUUUGGUCAGUGUGAUAAGAAGCCUGAAUGCAGACAACAGCUUCGAAUCAAGAUCAGAAGCAAAAGGCAUUUGUGCCGUCAGCGUCAUGCCAGUCCCAUCUGUGAGUGUCCCAUUGACAGUGAAUGACGAUGAAGCCUUGCUGAAUGUGGAGUCGGCAGAAGAUGUUUCUCCUGAGGAUUUCAGUGAAGGCACAUCUUCUGGUCCUCCUCUGGAGGCAUCACACAAACUGGAAGAGACCUCUGUGCAGGAAAAUACAGAAGUACCUUCUGAUGUUGAACAGAGUCAUAAAGAAAAAGAAAGUGAUUUCAUUUCUGAUAGUAGCCAAACAGAUGUAUGUAGUAACUCCUCAGGUCCAGUGGUUUCUGCCACGGAAAUUCGACAAGCAGUCAUUCCAAGCAGCUGUCCCAAGUUUUCUGGCUAUGACAAGCCUCAUGUGCCACUAGAUGUGUUGAUAGAUGUUGGUGAAGAACAGCCUGUGAUUGCAUACAGGUCUACUGAAUAACUGGGAUAGCUUAAAUGUUUAACCAGAGCUCAUAAACAGCAGCAUUACUGAAGAGAACGAAGAGCCUGGGCUAUGUUUUGGAUGUCUACAGUUUGUGCUUGUACUGAUAGAAACAGCAUAGCCGGAAUCCAACGUAAUGCGAUGGAAUCUUGAAAUGGAACUGAGAGUAGUGCCUGUAAACUGUAAUAAAAACUCUGGGGAAAUAUUCAUGAUAACCUUUCUCUUACAGAAAAGUCCUGUGUGUAGGACGUGGCUUACUAUUUCUUGCUUGAAAAAAUGACUGUGUUUGAACAAAUAACUGUGGUUGAACAGUACUCCGUGAAGAGCAGAGGUUUUACUGCGGAGUGUGAAAAGAGCUGCUGUGUCACCUGAUCCCUUCUGUUUCAAAUACUUUUCAAAGUUAAUGAACUGAAUGCUUAAUGAGUCCUUGGUUAUGACAGAGAUGUGCUAGAAAACUUCAGGUUUUUUUGGAGUUAUUUUCUUCCUUAUAUUUGCAUUCUCUAAAGUGCUUAAAGAGUACUAGGAAGUCCUAGUAUUUCCUUUAAGUAAGUAUGUACCUGUAACCUUUUCCUGUGUCACUUGAUUCUGUGGCCAAGAACCAGUUGUUUAUGCUCUUUUCUGCAACUGCAGGUGUGCACCAGAGCCAUUACUUAGCACGUUUCAGUGAGUGAACAUUAAACCUUUUUUCUUUUUUUUUACUACUUCAAAGCACAAGUCUUGUGAUGUGAAAAGCUGUUCUUUAACAUUUCUGUGUGGCUGCAUCCAGCUGCCUACGUGUGGUGUGGAAACAUGGCACGUUUUGGGUAGCUCCUUAUUGGAGUGAGGGGGGAAAAGAAAGAAGCAUGUAACAGGCACAGGCAGUUACACAGAUUCUUUGGGAAGAGGGGAAGUUUUUUCCAAAUGUCUAAGAUGUAUAAAAAUGUACGUCUUCUUCCAGACCAUAUUUUCCCCACAUCUUAAAAGAAUGAGGGGUUUUCCAAUAGAAACCAGAAGGGACCUCAAGGAUCAUGAAGCUCUAACCCCCCUGCCACAGUCAGGGCAGUCAACCUCCACAUUUAAUACUAGACCAGGCUGCCCAGGGCCCCAUCCAACCUGGCCUUGAAUACCUCCAGGGAUGAGGCAUCCACAGCCUCUCUGGGCAGCCUGUUCCAGCACCUCUCUACUCUCAUAGUGAAGAACUUCCCCCUAGGAAUUACACCAAAUGUAAACACUCUCAAAUACAUCUCAAGACAACUGAAAGGUAGUGUGAUAAUUUGAAGUUCUUACACGGCUGUCAUCUGCUCUGGAUGCUGCCAUGCAAGAUUAUAAUUUUGAAAAGUAAAAGACGUGAAUUUUAUUUUUUUUUCUAUUUAAAAACUUGGUAAGUGUGAUGCCUACAACCCAGUUAUUUGCCCUCGAGUCCACAUUUGGUGGUCAUUUUUUUAAUCUGUUUGUAGGAAAUGUUUAGGAUAGCACUGACCAAAGGGUAGUUUGAAGAAAAGGGAUAUUUUUACAGGCAUUGAAACACAGGCUUAAGGUAGUGCGUAUAGAAAACUGUCUUUGUUUUAAAAGAUUGUUUUUGUAGGUAUAUCAGAAAUGUUUGCUUGUCACAGGAGGCUGUUUUAAAGGAAGAUGUACUUUUGUCCUUACAUUUCUCGGUGGCAUGAGUAUUCCUAAUGUAAAGCCUACACGGCAGCUAUUGGACUGCUUCCUUUCCUGCAGAUGACUGACAUUAACCACGUUGUAUAUGCUCAAUUCCCAAAGGUUUAAAGCUAUUUUUCCCUUUCACUGUUCACAGCACCUUGUUAUAGUUAAGUGUAGUGAGACUCCAUGGUAAGUUGCUUUUUGUCAUGUUUGGUUUGAGUUCCUGGAAGGCACUGUGAGUGAAGUACUGCUCAGAGUCCACUGAUGUGUAGAUAUCUUUACUGCAGACCUGAAGAGAACAACUCUUGGUGUUACACAAAAGCUUCGCAAAUUAGAAAUAGCUUGCAGCUGAACCUUCAGCUAAGCAGACUUCUCAGUUAAUGGCGUGGUUCACCACUGACGUGUACUUUUAGCAGUCUGUUUUGCCAAGGAGAUGUUUUGUGCAGAGCUUCAAGGUGCUUUCAUUCUUUCAGUGUCAUUUCUUCCAGGGUUUGUGUGUUUGUGUAUAGAUAGGAACUGCCAGGAAUACCUCAGGACUUGAUAAAUUUUAGCUAAGUGCCUAAAUAUAACUACUGUCUGCCUCAAGGUUCGGAAGGGAAAAAGUAGGGUCUUAGAAGUCAUUGAGUUAGCUUAUUUUUGGGAAGGAAGGUUGUGAUCAGAUAUUAAUUUGUUGAGUAACUCUUUCCUUUGCUAAUGCUCAGCAUAUUUCAGCUUAGCAUACUUGGCACCUUAUUUUCCUCCCCGCAGCUUUGUCCCGAACUGCUGCUGUACCCCAAGGAGAUCAAAACUGAGCUGUUGUACACAUUUCGUUUAGUGUGUCUGCCUCAAAACUAUUCUGUCCUAAGUAUGUAAGUUCUUGGAAAUGUGAGAUUUACGUCCUUAACUCCCUGUUGGAACCCUGGCACUGUUAGAAAAAUUAUUGCCUGAGAGUAGGCGUCACGGAUCCGUGUGAACAGAAUAGCUCCCCAAGUAUUUUCUACUCUGGAGAAGUAUUUCUUUCUGUUAAAUUUUUGCUGUAAUACUGGAAGGGAAGUGGUAUUUUUUUGCCUGUUUGAGAGCAGGCAGGCGUGUCUUCAAACCAAGUGACCUCAUUCUUUUUUUUUUCCUCCCACCACUCUUCCAUACUACUGUAUUAUACGUUGUUUUUUCUGGAUCAGUCGAGAUGUUCUGUGGGCCAGCAGGCUUCGUGUCCCCUAGGCAUUUCAACAGCAGUUGUCAGUAGGAACGUUAAGAGAGAGACUAAGAACAGAUCAAGUGCAUGACGGUAUUUCGGCUAGGAUACGAUCUGGCUCCCAACAACUGCAGUGUGAAAUCUUUUUGGAGCAAGGAACGCAGAAAUGCCUCACCAGCCACAGCAUUGCUUUGGCAGCUCUACAGUACCAAAAAAAAUUGAGCCGUGUCGUUUCGAAGAUAGUAUAGGUAGUAUUUAGCUGUACAUUUUCAUUUAAUCAUUGAAUGUUUUUAAAUGAAUAAGCUCGUAUCCUUUUGGUGAAGACAUAGUUUGCUUAAGCUCCCAAAUAUUUGUUUAUAGUACCUUGAUAAUGGAUAUUAAGAAGCCUAACACUUGCAGGGUUAAAAGCACUUAACACACGUGCUGCUUACUGACAUAACGCAUCAGCUCUUCAGUAUGACACACAGGGAAGCUUUUUACCACUUUCAGCCAUUUCAGAUGAUUUUUACUCUUGUUAUGGCUGCUCACUGUCCUUCUCUCCCUGUCUCCUACAGGUGAUUUGGGAGUUGAUGGAGCAUGAGAUUGCAGAACAUUCUGUUCUUCAUGAAACCACGUGCAUUGCAGCCUUUGAGGCUAAUGCCUAGCAGCUUCUGUAAGAGCUGCUCUGACUGUCCUUUUUGUACAGACAUUUAUACUCUGUAGUUAAGAGUCAUAGAGUGGAUUUUGUUGGAAGGGACCCUUAGAGGUCAUCUGGUCCAGCUCCCCUGCAAUUAAGUAUUGCAGCAGUCCUCUGUGCUGGCGCAGAAGUGCAAAAUGAUUUAUGAUUUUUCUACAUAAAUAACGUAGCUUACAAAUUGUUAUUUACAAAUGUGUUGGCAUCUGUGAACACAAAACGUAGCGCCUGCUUGCUUAGAUAAGUUUGGAUGUCGUCCGUCACUAGUUUGGAUUCUGGGAAAUAAGGUGUCAUUGCAAAAACCUCUCUUUCUCAACUAAGGCUUGAAAUAACUGACUACUCAGAAAUGGUGCCAUGUGAACUGUUCAGUAUUAGUGAAUAGAGCUAUUGCACUUAAUUCAUAUUAGUAGUUUCAGCAUGACUUCUCUUAAAUGUGCCUUUUUAUCUUCCGAGUAGGUGAACCCAAAAUACAGAUUUCCUGUAGUGACUUGCAUAGAUUUUUUAAAGUUUGGUUUUUAAAAAUUCAGUCCUUUAAAUAGAAAGUCUGUAUUUAUUCCUACAGUCUCUGUUCUCUAAAUGGAUGCAAGCAUCACACUGUGUGGGACCUCCACAGGUCUGCAGUUUGUUUGUCUUCCCAGAUGGGCAUUGUUCCUCUUCCACACCUACCCAAAGACUUCACAGAGCCACCAGGCAAUCUGCUCGAGCAGUCCUCAUCCUUUUUUAAUUUUCCUUAUUUUCCUUUAUUAAGAAAAUAAGCAUUUUCUUAAUGUCUAACCCAAGACUUCCUAUCUUCAGAAACCAUCUGCAGUGAGCCUGUCUCAAUGUAAUUACCAGUGUAAAUACUCUGUAUUGAAAAUGUUUGUAUGUGGAAUUAAAAGCCUCAAAAGACAA